AUGCUUGAUCUAUCACACAAUGAUAUAGAAACAAUUCCGGGCAUAGAUUUACUGCAAAUAGUUGGUUUACGCAAUCUUAGAAUAGGCUCGAAUCGCAUUACACGGCUUACAAACUUUGAACUAAAACAUCCAAUGUUACAAGUACUUGAUUUAUCUUAUAGCUCAAAUUUACGGAUAGUCGAACAGUUUGCAUUUUUACACUUGCCAAAUUUGCAAACUGUCAAUUUAAGUCACUCCAACUCUCUUUCUUUCAUAUCACCACGCGCUUUUGUAAAUAACACUAUGCUUUAUAGCGUAGAUAUUUCACAUUGUGGAUUGAUUGUUUUACCAGAUCAAUUAUUACUAACUAUUUCAAAAGGCUUUUUUGAUCAUAAUCCACUCCAAUGUGGUUGUAUCAUGGAAUCUAUUAAAAUGCAUACUAUACGUUCAAAUGAUUUUUUAAAAACAGCUUGUACCUUUGCAGAUGGAUAUGUUGAAAAUCUAACAAGUUAUACAACUUGGACAUCUGAAGAGUGUCACAUUGAACCAAUACUACCAUUUGGUGACUACUUAGAAGCAACUAUCGGUGAACAAUAUUCUAUUUAUUGUGUGUCACGUCAACCAUCAGAUAGUAUAUUAUGGAAAUUUCCAAAUAAUACUAAAGUCUUAGCUCAAGAUUAUAUGUCUAAAGAGUUAGUGGAACCAGAUGAUUUGCAUUUUCCUUUUCCUAAUUCUUACUAUCGUUCAUCUCAUCGUCAGCUCAAUAAAGCAGAUCAGAAAAUAGCUGAUCAGCCACGUGUAUGGACAACAAAGGAGCAGAUCUGGUUAGAUGUUGUGUUAGCAGAAGAUGAAGGCGAAUAUGAAUGUACAGUUAAACGUGCGGAUGAUUUGGUCCAUCGAAAAAUACAAUUAAAGGUGAAACAGCCGUCUAUUAUGCUUCGUGCUCUCGAAGUUGGCUCACAUUAUGUAACAUUAUCAUGGAAUGCAUCUUUAUAUAUAAGCUCUAAAAAACGGAUUAAUUUUUAUGUGGCAGUUCGUGAUAACUAUGGUAUAACUAUCCGUAUGGUUCAGCUAUCACUUCAGAAUCCAUGGAAUACUUAUAACAUUAUGAGACUUAAAGCUGGAGAAAAUUAUACAUUUUGCUUGUGUUACGCAUUGCUAGAAGGUGCAGAUGAAAUUGGUUCUGGAAAACUAAUCUAUGAAACGUGCUUGCAAGAACGUACAGCUUCUGACUUAUCAUUUUUCGGAUUCGUUAACCUUUCUAUUUUCCUUCUCAUUAUCUCUAUCAUAAUUUUCUUCUCUUUGCUGGCUUUAUUCAGAUUUUUUCGAAAGCGUUUUCAAAUUUGGCAACAACAAAAGCAUAAAUCAAGAAUGAAUCAAAGUAUAAGUGGACAAAGUUUUAUCUCAUCAACAUCGAACGAAGUUGAUUCUACUACUAUUACUUACGCUAAUCAAUUUCAAUUAAGUGUAUGCCAGGUCAGUUCAAUGAACCAGUUUCCAGUAGCAAAUACUUGUGGAAAUUUUGGAAACAUUUCUAGAACUCGCAAUGCGUAUUUAUCAGGUCGACUCUCAGCAAAAGAUUUAGCAUUAUAA